UUGAUUUAUUUCUAGUUUUUUUCAUAACGAACUAUUUCAAAUCACACCAUGCCACGGGAAAUUAUAACACUGCAACUCGGACAGUGUGGUAAUCAAGUUGGUUUUGAAUUUUGGAAGCAACUUUGCGGAGAACAUGGUAUAAGACCAGAUGGAAUACUUCAAGAUUUUGCAACAGAUGGCACGGAUCGCAAAGAUGUUUUCUUUUAUCAAGCAGAUGAUGAACACUAUAUUCCACGAGCGGUUCUUAUUGACCUUGAACCGAGAGUUGUAAAUUCAAUCAAGAACUCUGAAUACGCGAAUCUGUAUAAUCCAGAGAAUGUCUAUCUCUCAGAGCAUGGUGGUGGUGCAGGAAAUAAUUGGGCCGUAGGAUAUCAACAAGCUGCAAGUAUACAUGAAGAAAUAUUUGACAUUAUUGACAGAGAAGCAGACGGAUCAGAUAAUCUUGAAGGUUUUAUGCUUUGUCAUUCUACUGCUGGUGGGACAGGAUCUGGUCUCGGAUCUUAUGUCUUGGAGAGACUGAGUGACCGAUAUCCAAAGAAAUUAAUACAAACCUACAGUGUCUUUCCUAACCAGGAUGAAAUAUCAGAUGUUGUUGUACAACCUUACAAUACUCUGCUAACAUUGAAGAGACUCACUCUUCAUGCUGAUGUGACUGUAGUGCUGGACAACACUGCAUUGAAUAAUAUUGCAGUUGAUCGACUACAUAUUCAGAAUCCAUCAUUUCAACACAUAAAUCAACUUGUGUCAACAAUCAUGUCAGCGAGCACAGCUACACUACGAUAUCCAGGAUACAUGAAUAAUGAUUUGAUUGGCUUAACUGCCUCUCUCAUUCCUACACCCAGGUUACACUUUCUGAUGACUGGAUACACGCCCCUUACAAGCGACCAAUCCACGACAUCUGUCCGUAAAACAACAGUUCUGGAUGUCAUGAGACGUCUUCUUCAACCCAAAAACAUGAUGGUAUAUGCUGGAAGAGAACGAGAUCUACACCACUGUUAUAUUUCAAUUCUAAACAUUAUUCAAGGUGAAAUAGAUCCAACACAAGUUCACAAAAGUCUUCAGAGGAUAAGGGAGAGGAAACUUGCCACUUUCAUUCCAUGGGGGCCAGCUAGCAUUCAAGUUGCACUUUCUCGAAAAUCACCCUAUGUGUCAUCUGCACAUCGUGUUAGUGGAUUAAUGUUGGCAAAUCAUACGAGUAUCAGCCAGUUAUUUGCUCGUGCUGCAAGACAAUUCGACAAACUUCGAAAAAGAGAAGCAUUCUUGGAGCAAUUUAGAAAGGAAGAAAUGUUUAAAGACAAUCUAGAUGAAUUAGACAAUUCUAGAGAAGUAGUUCAACAAUUAGUGGAAGAAUACGAAGCUGCGGCUACUCCAGAAUAUUUGACAUGGGGAGAUAAACAAGAAAAAGAGAAAUAGAAGGAAAUGAAUUUGAAGAGUUUUGAGAAUGUCGCACAUAAAGAAACGACAAUGGAAGAAAUUGUUGGAUGCUUUGAUCUCUUUUGCAAAGUGUUUAUAUUCUAGUAGUUCAUGUAAUGCAGUUGGGGACUGGGAAGGACUUAUUUGAAUAACAGCAUUCAACUUAAAGUCAAAAGCAGGAUUCCUGCUAAUUAUAAACUACAUUUGAAGCCAGAGAAUUUCGGGAAUAUGUUAAAAUGUUGAAUUUGUUGCUCGUGAGCUAAAUAGUUUUCACUAGCACUACCCUACUGACAUUAAAAGAUGAUCUUUUAAGUUAAUGUGUUCAGGGUUGACAAUUAUUCUUUUGUUGGCAAAACUGGGCCGAUUUUAAUGUUUUUUGCAGUACAUUUCGACUGAAGAGGACCGUGUUAAGCAAGAUUGACUUCCACCAACUAUGUGAUGUUCUGUGGCUGGUAAAAAAUUUUCCAGAUUGUGUGCUUUUGGUUCGGUUUGCUCAAGCGCUUUUCUGCAUGAUACAAAUAUAUUUCAAUUCACUUGCCUUUCGUAGAUUUGUAUAUUUUUAGUAAAAUUUCAAAAUCCCUGUUG